UGGAUUAACCAGAGCCGAGUGCGCUUAGUCAGCGAUGAGGAAAUAAACUCUCCCUUCGUGAGGCACCCCUGAGCUCUGACGCUAUCUAGCCACACUACAAAAAUGGCGGAAGGGGAGUUGGAUGUGGAUUCGCUUAUCUCCAGGCUGCUGGAAGUGCGGGGAUGUCGCCCCGGGAAGAUCGUGCAGAUGACAGAGGCGGAGGUGAGGGGGCUGUGCAUCAAGUCCAGAGAGAUCUUCCUCAGCCAGCCCAUCUUAUUGGAGCUGGAGGCGCCACUCAAAAUAUGUGGUGACAUCCACGGGCAGUACACAGACCUGCUGCGGCUCUUCGAGUAUGGGGGCUUCCCCCCGGAGGCCAACUACCUGUUCCUGGGGGACUACGUGGACCGAGGCAAGCAGAGCCUGGAGACCAUCUGCCUGCUGCUGGCCUACAAGAUCAAAUACCCCGAGAACUUCUUCCUGCUGCGGGGGAACCACGAGUGCGCCUCCAUCAACAGGAUAUACGGCUUCUACGACGAGUGUAAGCGACGAUUCAACAUCAAGCUGUGGAAGACCUUCACCGACUGCUUCAACUGCCUGCCCAUCGCCGCCAUCGUCGACGAGAAGAUCUUCUGCUGCCAUGGAGGUCUGUCACCUGAUCUGCAGUCUAUGGAACAGAUUCGGCGUAUCAUGAGGCCCACUGACGUCCCAGACACAGGUCUGCUGUGUGACCUGCUCUGGUCGGACCCUGACAAGGACGUCCAGGGCUGGGGCGAGAACGACCGCGGCGUGUCCUUCACCUUCGGGGCCGACGUGGUCAGCAAGUUCCUCAACCGCCACGACCUGGACCUGAUCUGCAGAGCGCACCAGGUGGUGGAAGACGGUUAUGAGUUCUUCGCCAAGCGACAGCUGGUGACUCUGUUCUCCGCCCCAAAUUACUGCGGCGAGUUUGACAACGCGGGCGGGAUGAUGAGCGUGGACGAGACCCUCAUGUGCUCCUUCCAGAUCCUGAAGCCGUCUGAGAAGAAAGCCAAGUAUCAGUAUGGAGGGAUGAAUUCGGGGCGUCCCGUCACCCCACCCCGAACAGCUACUCCACCAAAGAAGCGGUGAAAAAGAAGACGAGCGCAAGAGAAACCGGGGAGGGGGGGGCGGCGUGGAUCUGCGGGAGCCUCCCCUCCCCCCGUUCGUCAUUCAUUGUCUUCAGAGGAAGAGAAAAUACACGAGCUGAAGCAUUUACAGAAGUGGAAAAGAUGCCCCUCCCCUUCUCCCCCAGACUGUUCUGUUAAUCGGCUUUUCCUGAGCGUCCCUCAUCUGUCCGUGCGUCUGUCCUCCGCCCCCCGUCUGUUUACACGCAGUAUUUAAACGCCGAGUCGCCUUGCCGCUCUGCGCUCGGCCUGGAGUGCUGGCUCGCUUCCGCCUCGUCGCCAUGAUAACGUGCACAGCACACGCAGCUCCUCAGUUUGCCAGGGUUCUUUAUGACAUUUUUUCUCGCCAAGGAAAAAUAACAGGCCAGUGACUGCUGGUUUUUCAAUAAAUGAUUUGGGGAAUUGGCCUCUCUUGUCAUGGUUUUAUUUACAAAAAUUAUUUUUUUGAUUGUUGAAAAUUGUCCCCCCCCCCCCCAAAAUCUUCACGCCAAAAAAUCGUAGGUCUGAUUUUGUUUUAUUUCUUAUUUUAAAAAUGAAGCCUGGUUGUAGUUCUUUCAAAAUAUCAUGUAACCUGCCAAUGCUGCACUGUGUGGGUGCUGUAUGUGCAAACCUGAAUGAGUGUUUGUGUGUUGUGUUAUUACAUGCAUUGCAUGCUAUUACAGUCUGUUCUGUUCUUAUCUCAGUCCAAAACCAAUUAUAUUCCAUUCAAUAAGAUCAUAAGAGUAGCAUUUACAAAACAUUACAGCCAGAGCUAAGGACAGUUCAAACGGCUCUCACAAUCUUUUGAAAUGUUGUCCUGGAGUUCAGGAAAUAUUCAGAUGGCCUACUUCCCAUGAUUUCAAAGUCAAGUCUUCAAUUUUGUCUUUAUUUUUUUUCCGGAGUGCAAAAUGGACCUUUCUACCAAACAAAUAUAACUUGAUGCUGUAUCUUAUUGAUCAAGUCCUGGCUUGUUGGAGCAGAAAUAUCGAAAACAGGAUACUAGCCGAUACGCUUAAACAUUUAUGGCUUCAACUGAUGCAUUGUAUCUACGAUCAGCUGCAUCUGGAAGUAUGUGUGUUAAAGAGAAUUCAUUCAUAUUUAAAGGACUGAACAGCAAAAUGUAUUUUCACCUAGUUAGCCUUUUUUCAUGUGAAUAUGACCAUUGUGGCAAUAAUCAUCCUGUUUUAAUUCUUAAAAUAUGUAAUGGAAAGAGGAAACACUUUUUUGUCAGUAAAAUUUUAUUUUACCAAAAAUAAAAAUGAGGAAAUCAAUUCUUUUGGAACAAUGUAAACUUUCACUCAAACGAUUAUCUAUCCUUUUAUGUAAUGUCAUCACAAAAUAGUUCAAGUACCGACAAAGCCAAAACUACCUCAAAAGCAUUCUAGCGAGAAAAUACAGAGAAGUAGAUGUAACAAAAUUCAUUCACUUCGUCCACUUGUUAUUCGGUGUUCAUAUGGGCCUAUUGC